AGCUCCACACUGCGAGUCAGUUGUCAAUAUCGGCUAGUUAGUCGUCCGCGUUUGCGACAGACGCUGUGUCUAACUUAAUGCAAUACGACUCCAAGUACGUCGGACACUGAAUGAGGGUCAUUACUUAAGGAUGGAGCAACUCUUUGUCAGUCUUCAAUGCUUCACAGGAAGACGACAGGCAGGUGCCCAGUUGAGAUAUUGUGUGAUGAAAUAAAUGAACUGGAAAUUUGUUUGAACAUUCAAUUCACUGGGAAAAUUUUAAAAUUCACAUCAGAUGCCUUUAUAUGGAGAAGAUGGCCUCGUGUGUUUGAAGUUUCGACAGAGUGAAGAACUAAGGUGGGAAACUGGGCUCCUUUGAAAGCUCCUCCUCAGUGUCAUAACUAACCUCUGCAGAUGGAGCUGCAUUACAAAAUCUAUGAGAGGACCCUCGUGUAGUGGUACUGGAAGCUGAUAAAGAUGGUUCCACUUGUUACUGUGACAUCAUCCAUUAAUAAGAUAUGCAGGAUGGAUUCUCAUCAAACUGAAAAUACCCAGAAUUACAUUACCGUCAUACCUAUUGAGUACCCGAGAAGCAGGGUGUAUCCUCAAACACAGGAAUAUGUGGUCGAUCAGUACAGUGACUACUUGAGGGAUCGGAGUCGUGAUGAAUACGUACGUGGCGACUACAACAUAAACUCCGAACCGAAGUUCGACGAAGUGGGCCCGCUGUACACGGUGUCCCAGAGGUUCGAGAGGGAGAAGCCGCCCCCGCCGGCGCUAGCCCACGUGGGCGCCGGCAGCUACCGGCACGACGUUGAGCGUGAGUGGGAGCGGUCGCUGCACCCCCACCCCCACGCCCACCCCCACCUGCCCUCCUCUGCGGCAGACCGCCAGCAGGACUGCGGAGCCGGCAAGUGCUCCGACGUCUCUGGAGACGACCAGCUCGUGUCCCAGGUUUCACCACCACGGUUCCUGAAUACAUGCAUAUACCUCAUGUCGAAAGUCGUCUUAAACAUGGAGAUAGAGGAUGGCUACAGUGCCACUGUCCAAGAGUUAGUGCAGUACAUAAUGCAAGAAGAAGAACUGGCUCUGCCAAGAGUGGCUUCAAACAUAUUCACAUUGUGGAUGUGUUCGGGACUUCUCGAAAUACAGUUGAAGCUGUUUCAUAAGCCAUUUGAUGUUAGGAAGAGAUGGCAAUCACUAGUUUCGCAGUACACCAAUGCCACGGACUCACAGAUCGACAGGGAUGAACCGAUAUUGUCAUUCCAGCGAAAUGUUUUCUUUUCGAAACGUGAUGAAGAAAAAAUUAAAGACCAAAAACUUCUGGAUCUCUUAUAUGAUGAAGCAAAGUAUAACAUCUUAGAAGGAAGAUAUCCGUGUGAGAUAUCCCAUUAUAUAAUGUUAGGUGGCAUACAAGCACGUAUUGAGUUGGGUCCGUAUGUGCCACAAGUACAUACUACACAGUUCUUCAGAGAACACCAGCGUAAAUUUUUACCCACACACGUGAGUCGUAGUAACUGGUCAUGGUUGCGAAUCAGUGGUAAAAAUUCACCAGAAGUCAGACUUCUGGAACAGUUCAAGCGCAUUCCUUCCAACACACCAGUCAGAAAACUGAUCAGAAAGUACCUCGAGUUUUGUUGGUCACUUCCUUAUUAUGGAGGAGCAUUCUUCCGUGGUCAGGUGGAGCAACCGGUACGAGGCCUGACUUCAUUGAUCACUCAUCAAGAUGUGUCUGUACUGGUUGCCAUCAACACUCAAGGAGUGUACAUCAUAGAUGAUAUUCAGUGUACACUUUUGUUGGGUUUAAAAUAUGAGGAGAUGUCAUGGGAUUUUGCAAAACCUUCACAAGAGGACAAUCCAGACUGCCUUCCCUGCCUUUUUCUGCAGUUUAUGGUGUUAGAAAAUGGAACAAGGGUCUCAAAAAUUCUACAGGUGUUUUCAAAGCAGGCUGUGAUGAUGGAUGCUUUAAUUUCAGUCUUCGUGGACGAAAUAAAACAGAAGACAACCACUUAUGCCGAUGAGCCCGAUCGCCCAGUUUACGAUACGUCGACUGACAGUGACGAUACACAGGUUCCAUUAACUACAGUGAAUCGGCGAGAACUUCCUCAGUCGUGUUUGAGCAACAAAUUGAGCAAGCUAACUCUUGCAACAUUUGACGAAGAUGGACGUUGUAUUGGUCAGAUGGGCUCUUGGUCAUUCAGUUAUUAGACUCCCAGUAUUUACAGGCACCCUUUUCUUCUCAAAUAUGUGGUGUAGCUGAAUAAUCAUCCUGUGUAAAAUUACAUGGGAUCAUAUGUGCUAUGGCUACUUCUGCUGGAUACCGGGCCAUACAGCAAUCCAGGCAGAAGAUCAAAUAACUGAGGAACCCGCAGGGAAGAUGACAAGACAAUCCUGGGGGUCCGGCUUCUCACUGCUGAGCUGAGACAGAGAUCCAUGCAGGAGUGGCUGUGGCUGGCAGUGAGGGACAAUAAAUGAGAUGACCACCCUACCAUGCUGUACCUUCUGUCAGUCACUCUGGCAGGGUGAAGUCAUUCCGACCCUUUCUCCAAAUAGGACAUCAUCGUCUUAGUCUGUGGCAUUUGUGGCAUAGGAAUCGGCGUAUUCCUCAUUUUCAAUGUGAUCACUUAUGUAGGAACCUGCCCUCUAUUCUGUACGAUGAUGAGACGAGUGUGAUAAAAUCCUUAAAAUCUCAUGUAGUGUGUACGUUUGAGGCUAAGCUUUUAUGAACAAAGUUUGCAUUUUAUGUUCAGCUGUGACUGUUUUGUCUUUAGUUAUUUCGUGCAUCUUCAGUGAUUUGAUACAUCUACACAUACACACACAUUUUAACUAACAUAUGCCACAUAAAAAGCAGAAAGUGUUUGUAUGAGAGGGUAUAGGGGAGGGGGUGGGCAGAUAAGUAGGGCAAAUGUAUUGUGAGAAAGGCCCCUCGGAGGAGGUGGGGGAUGGAGGAUUGCAGUCCGCCACAUGGGCAGGCACUAAACAUAUGUUGAAAAAUUGUUCUUGUUAGAUACGGUAGUGAAGACCACCAAUACUCUAUUAAGUGCAACAGCUGCAUUAUUGUUUUCUUAUUUAAUGAAGUGACAUCUGGUGUUACAGUAUACAUGGAUGUUAUAACAGAAAGAAAAAUAAACAUGAGCUCAGAAUAUACAGGCAGCCCCUACACACUAGCAUAAUUAUCCACAACCGAUCUACUUACUUAGUAACACAAAAAAGCCAGCUUCCGAUACUUACUACACAGAAUGAACAGAACACCUGUGAAUAAAAGUGAUUAAAUGGAAGAACUAAACACAGUAAAGCAAAGAACAUUGUAGAAUGCCUAUAAUAUGAAGACAAUAGAUAAAAUAACAACAUGUAGUCAUGAAACACACACAUCAAGGACUCAGCAUAGCAUAAAGAACUAACGGCACAAUACAGAACAUACUUGAAACACAAACCAUUAACACUGAUAAAUGUAGCCAAUCUGGUAUCUACCAGUUAACAUGCAAUUGCCGUCAAUCUGCGUACAUGGGCCACUUGUAUAGGAAUUUAAAAGAAUAGUAGAAAGUAAUAGUUACCACUCAACAUUUACAGACCACCAAAUGCCCUAGGAUCACCACACAACAAUCAUAGAAACAUAUUUGAAAAUUCUUGAAAAUAGCAAUAGCUGGCACCAGAAAUCAACACCAGAAGAGAAAUAUCAUAUCCAAAAAUCAUUAGCCCAAGGAAAAAAAUGAACUAAAUGAAUAUACAUCACUCCACAUUAAAAUUCAGUUUGCCACUAUCAAUACCUGUAUAAGUAACACCCCCUCCCCCCCCCCCCAUACACACACACACACACACACACACACACACACACACACACACACUCUAUGCAGCUGCUAUAAAAUAUUAUACGACAAGUGAAAAUCUUGUGUUUUGUGACAAAGUAAACAAAAAUGCAUGUGUAAUCAUCAAAACUUCCAUUAACCAAUGAAAUCGGUGUUUCAACACACCAAAAAUGAUGGAAAAUAAGGCUAUAGAUUAAAAAAUCUCGAGUCAUGUGGUAAAUAACUCAGUAUUGAGUCUGAAAUGGAUGAAAAGCAGAAGAUAGAAAUAAUUUUGUUGUCUGCAGGAUGACAGGCUGUAAAAUGGAUAGUACACUAGUGUCCAAAAUUUAAGCAAUGAAUAGAAAUUUUGCAAGAUUGCAUUUAAUUUUCCACAAAACAGUAUAAACAGGUGAUAACGAAGUAGAAACAAUGUAAAGAAUAUAUAUAAACAACUGCAAAAUGCUUAACAGUAUACGAAAAUGUCCUUUGUUUUUUCCAACUUAACAGAUUUGCUCACACAUUGUGACAACAGGCUAAUGUGCUCAAUAAGGGUUGUGACCACCUCUGGUGGUAAUACAGGCCUGACAGCGACGGAGCAUGCUGUAAAUAAUGUCAUCAAUGUCAUGUUGAGGCAAUAAUGCCCAUUAUUCCUGUGGAGCCGUUCACAAGGCCUGGAGAGUGGUUGGUGGAUGUUGACAUGAUGCAACUGGUUUGCCUAAUGCAUCACAGACAUGCAAACAAGAAGAGCAGUAUCUUCUGUUUCUAAGGAAAUAUCAGUCACUUGUGCUCUAUUAGGUCACAUGUUAUCCAUCAAAAUGAAGUCUUGGCACGCAACACCUCGCAGUAAUUGUACAUGAAAUCCCAAGAUCUCGUCACGAUAUCUGACACCAAUUAAACAUUUCCGAUUCACCUGCAAAAUUUCAUGAAGAGGUGUUCGAGUGGUCAACAUAAUCCCUCCACACACCCUUAGCAAUCCUCCUUAUAGUUGGUCUCUUUCCACAAUUUUCGGGUCUCAAAAUUGUGUUCUACAUUCCCUUCAGAUGCGAAUCUGUCGAGCGAGAUUCACUCUCCAGACCAAAUCGGGACUCAUCUGUGAAAAGAACAUUUCCCACUGUUCAACUGUCCACAUGGGAUGUUGAUGACUCCACUCUAGACAUUCUCUUCUGCGAAGACGCGUCAGAGGCACACAUACAGCAGGUCUCCGACAAUAAAGGUCACUCUAUCGAAGCCUUCUCUACACUGUUUGCUUCUAUACAACGUGUCCAGUGAAUUCUGCGACGUCAGAUGCCAGUUGCUGCACAGUACUAAGGCAGUCUCAUUCUGCCUGUACAGUCAAGUAAUGGUCCUCUCUUUCUGAUGUCACACACAGUCGGCCCUGCCCUGGUCAUCGGGAUGCAGUUUUGGUCUCUAUAAAGUGUCUCCAUAUCUGAGAUACAACAGAACAAUUCACAUUUAGCCUUUGGGCCACAUCAGUUUGUGACUGUCCUGCUUCCAUUCUUCUUAUGGAGCUCCAUUGCAGUGUGUCUGUGACUGUGUACAUAGCAAUUGUGGAUAUGGAAGUACCCAGCAAACACUAGUCUGUUUGACAGAUGCUCUGAGGUCAUUGUUAACAUAGUUUUCUGUUGACCAAAAUGCUACCGUCCAUGCAGAACAUGAUCAGAUAGACAUCUGUUGAGAGUUUGAAUCAAAUUAGACACAGAACAGAAACAGUGGUUUGUUGCUUUAAUUUUAGACACCAGUGUAGAUGGCAAAGCUACGACAGCAUGUUCCGAUUUCCACCAAGUGGUCAAAACGUGGUCCUGUCAUGUUAACUCAGCUCAUCCUCUUUCUUCAGUUUGUAUGAUUAUAUCGUGAAUUAGACACAUGACAUAGAAACAGCAGUUCUUUGCUUUAAGUUUGGACACCAGUGUAGUUAUAAAGCUUCCAGCACAAAAUAACUUGUAUCAUGCAAGGUAUCUGUAAAAUUAAAUAAAUAUUUGUUUUUCAUGCUAGUA